AUGCUUCCUGAGCUCCUUGGACUUGGCCUUUAUCAGCGAAACCCUCGUACCGGUCGUCGCCGCGGAGGCCCCGAAGUCCGCCCACCAUACCAGCGCCAAUCUCCCCCUGUCAUAGGACUGCUUUGGAAACGCCUGGGAGAUACGGAACCCUCUGCCUCUGGGAUUAUAACACGGAGAAUUGAACACAGCUUCGAUCUCGACGAGAUACAGACAAGCUCAAUUCUAUAUAGAAAGGCUACCCAGAAGCUCGCUAAAGGAACAUCCUCGCCCGCAGUUAUCGUUAGUUGGCGUCAUCACGAACCGUUCUCGAUAUACAUUCACUGGCUACGUGUACGCGAGUUUGUUGACGGACGUGGAUACAGCAAGUACUUGCCAGACUGUAUCCUUCUCUCUACCAAACUGGACGACCUGAGUUUCCGGGCUGAGGUUAUAUCGAAACUUCUUGACACAGUGAUCCGGUCAGGGCGAUCACUAUCAGAUUGGAUAAGGUACCACGCCGGCAAGCCCUUGACAUAUUUUGGGCUUGAUGUGUCUCUGGCCUUGCCAUAUGACGCACAGAGGUAUAUACUCACGGCGAUGGCACGGGAGGUGCGUCGUGAGGACGCUGUCCGAAUAUAUUCAAAUGCGCAUCUUUUCCCUGAGGCAUUGUUAGUCGCAAUCGAAGCAGAGCGCCGGAACAGCCCUACCUAUCUCCGUCCGCCUUUCCGUCCGCAGAGGACCACGCUUGCCACCAAUCCUGAACCAACAGCACCACGAAAUCGGCGCCAGAACGGGGGCACGUUAGACGAAGAUGAUCCAUGGAGCAACGGCUACGGCUACUGCUCCCCCUCUCGUGCCCAAAAUACUGGAACCACUCGCGGGACGGACCGAAGGAGACAAGAACGAGCUUCCGCCAGGUCACAACGGGAACUUGAAGAUGAUGGGAUCCGGGUGAUCCCCUCUGAGAGCGCCGAGCAAGCUGAAAGACACUCCGCUUGGUCACAAGAGGAGCACGACGACGAUGGAAUCCGGGUAAUCCCCUCUGAGAACGCCGACCAAACUGGUGCCAAUUCCCCGUUUCCUGACGCACGGCGAGGUACAUAA